UUAGCAGUUAGCCACUUAGCUUCUCUCCCUGUGUGUUUUGUUUGAUUGCUGUUAGCAGCGAGAUGGCGGCUUCCAUCCUGGCGCACAGACGCUCUGCUUUGUAUCUUUAACAGCGGCUCUCGGUCCCCACGGUGCCCCCUCACACUGAUGCAUGGAGCGGCCGUGUGGCGCUGUCUCCCGCAGCUGGAUGUGUGAUUCUGCUGGUUUCUGUUAGCCAGAGCAGCUACCGGCGGCUCGCUACCGACACUGCUCAGCGUUCACCGGGCAGGCUGCUGCAGUCUCUGGGCUAGCUAAACACACAGGUCCCUUUUAGACCCCCAGACUAGUCCCUAUUAGAGCCACAGACUGGUCUCUGUUAGAGCCACAGACUGGAUCACCAGAGGAGGAGGUUAAUUCACUCUGUUAAAUAAAACAGACGGAAUCUGUGAUCCCGUCUGAAAAAAAAGCUAGCUAGCUAGCUUCAGUUGGCUAGUUAGCCUCAGGAGCUAGUUAGCAGGCCGAUGCUAAUCCUGAGCAGCUGUUAGCAAACCGGAGACUUGUAUUUUUUCGACUUAAUUUGGAUUUUUUUUCACCCCAUCACUGAGGACCGGGAGAGGAGCACCCUGACAGCAUCGUCAUGGCUUCUGAACCUGCGGUGGUGCAGCCCCGCUGGAAGCGCGUCCUGGGCUGGACCGGCCCGGUCCCGCGGCCCCGGCACGGGCACCGAGCCGUGGCUAUCAAGGAGCUAAUGGUGGUUUUCGGCGGAGGGAACGAGGGGAUCGUGGAUGAGCUGCACGUUUAUAACACCGCCACCAACCAGUGGUUCAUCCCUGCAGUGCGAGGCGACGUCCCCCCUGGAUGUGCCGCCUACGGCUUCGCAUGUGACGGGACAAGGCUGCUGGUGUUUGGAGGGAUGGUCGAAUACGGAAAAUACAGCAGCGACCUGUACGAGCUGCAGGCGAGUCGUUGGGAGUGGAAACAUCUAAAGGCCAAGGCUCCAAAGAAUGGCCCGCCCCCCUGCCCCCGCCUCGGACACAGCUUCUCUCUGAUUGGCAGUUGCUGCUACCUGUUUGGAGGACUGGCCAAUGACAGUGAAGACCCCAAGAACAACAUCCCCAGGUAUCUGAACGACCUGUACCGUCUGGAGCUGCGACCGAUCUCCAGCGUGGUCGGCUGGGAGAUCCCGACAACUUCAGGUCCGCCGCCACCACCUAGAGAGAGUCACACGGCUGUGGUGGCGAAUGGUCGCAACGGCAACAGACUCAUCAUCUACGGAGGGAUGAGCGGCUGCAGACUGGGAGACCUGUGGGUGCUCCACACAGAUUCUCUGACGUGGAGUAAACCGGCCCUAAAUGGAACUGCCCCCCUCCCCCGCAGCCUGCACUCUGCCACCACCAUCAACAACAAGAUGUAUGUGUUUGGAGGUUGGAUUCCUCUGGUGAUGGAUGAUGUCAAAGUGGCGACUCAUGAGAAGGAGUGGAAGUGUACCAACACACUGGCCUGUCUCAACCUGGACUCGAUGUGUUGGGAGACGGUCCUGAUGGACAGUCUGGAGGAGAACGUCCCCAGAGCUCGAGCAGGUCACUGCAGCGUGGCCAUCAACUCAAGACUGUACAUCUGGAGCGGCAGAGAUGGAUACAGGAAGGCCUGGAACAACCAGGUGUGCUGCAAGGACCUCUGGUACCUGGAGACAGAGCGUCCCUGCGCUCCCUCCCGGGUGCAGCUGGUCCGAGCCAACACCACGUCUCUUGAGGUGAGCUGGGGUCCAUCACAGACAGCUGAGACUUAUCUGCUGCAGGUGCAGAAGUACGACAUCGGCUCACCUGCCUCUAGCCCCGCCCCCAACCCCAUCCCCACUGCCACACCUGUGGCCAGCUCCCCCAAGACCCCUGUCCCCAUCACCAUGCCACCAGCUAACCAAACUGUCCCGCUGUGUGGCAUCACGCUGGUUCCCUCCCCCACUGCCUCCGCACCUGGAAGCCCAUUGGCUGCCGCUGCCAAAUCACCAGCUGUCCUGAGGAUGGCAGCAGCUCCAGGUGCAGCAGGCGGACCCUCCAUCGUCACAGUGAGACAGGCUGUGCCAAAGUCUCCGGUCACCGUGACGACACUUCCUGCAGGUGUUCGUAUGGUCGUACCCGCUCAGGCCGGUCAGGGGACGCCAACAGGAAGCAGUCCUCAGAUGAGUGGUAUGGCUGCACUGGCGGCAGCGGCUGCAGCGACCCAAAAGAUCCCUCCAUCCACAGCGACUGUGCUCAACGUCCCCGCUGGAGCAACUGUUGUAAAGACGGUGCGGUACAACACUGUGAUGGUACUGUUGGAACAGCUGUUGUGAUCAGCUGAUCAGUACAAACAUGUUUCCUGUUUCCUGUCUCAGGUGAGUAACCCGGCCACUCGAAUGCUGAAGACUGCUGCUGCUCAGGUGGGCGGGGUCCCUGUAGUCUCCACCCCCGGGACCCCCGGCCGACCAAUCAUCACAGUGCACAAGUCGGGCACGGUGACGGUGUCCCAACAGGCUCAGGUGGUCACCACAGUGGUGGGCGGAGUCACAAAGACCAUCACACUCGUUAACAGUCCUCUCAGUGUGGGAGGAGGCGGGGCUCUGAUCGGUAACCUUGGUAACCUGGGGAAGAUGAUGUCCAUGGUUCAGACCAAACCAGUUCAGAGUGGAGCAGCUACUGGUCAGACUGUGGGCAGCCCAGUCACCCAGAUCCUCCAGGCGAAGGCCGGCCUCCCAGCAGGGACCAUCCUGAAGCUGGUGACCUCAGCAGACGGUAAACAAACCACCAUUCUCAGCACCGCCCAGGCUGGCGUCGCCCCGGCAACCUCCAAACCUGGGACUACCUACAUCAAGACCAUCCCAGUGUCAGCACUGCAGGGUGGGGCAGGUGCCAACAGUCCAAUCACAAUCCUGACCACCAAAAUGGUGACACCAGGUACUGCUGGGAAGAUCAUCACCACUGUCCCCAAGAUCUCUGCAGGCGGCCAGCAGGGGCUCACACAGGUGGUGCUAAAAGGAGCUCCGGGGACGCCUGGUUCGAUCCUCAGGACCGUCCCAAUGGGCGGAGUCAGACUGGUGUCACCGGGAGUUGGCGGCGCCAAACCCACCGUCACCACACUGGUUGUCAAGGGAACCACAGGUAUGUCCAGUCAGGGGACAGUAACAGGAAGUAUCUCCACCACAGUGGCAGGAGGAGCUGUUUCAGCUGCUAAUGCCUCCCUGGCAACACCCAUCACAACCCUGGCAACCAUUGCCACGCUGGCCAGCCAGGUUACUACAGCAACUGCAGCAGCGGGACAUAAACAGGUGACUCUGAUCACGACUCCGAGUGGUGCCGAGGCUCAGCCGCUGGUCCAAGAUCUGCCCGUCACCUUCAUGGCUUCACCUACCUCAGAAGAACUUGGAAGUACGACAAGUACUACUACGACCGCUACUGCAGCGGCAACCAUGGGCGGCAGUGAUAGAGUGUGCUCCAACCCGCCCUGUGAGACCCACGACACAGGAACCACCAACACCGCCACCGUCGCCUCUGCAACCAUAGGCGGCAACAACAGAGUGUGCUCCAACCCGCCCUGUGAGACCCAUGACACAGGAACCACCAACACUGCCACUGUUGCCUCGGCAACCAUGGGCGGCAACAACAGAGUGUGUUCAAAUCCUCCGUGUGAGACCCAUGAAACAGGAACCACCAACACCGCCACCACAGCGACAGCUCAGCAGGGUGGAGACGGUCUGCAGGGAGACUCCGCCUCCUCCUCAUCUGACCCUACCUCCUCCGUGUCUGACACAGCCUCCUCCACCACAGCCAGUCAGAGCAGAGCUGUUACCACGGUUACACAGGCCACACCCACCCCCGGCCCAUCUAUACCUGAGAUCUCCUCAUUGGUCAGGGCAGAGUCCUCUGAUGCUGUUGUCAUGGCGACAGCAGCAGCAGAGGAGGGGGAGGAGCCUAUGCAGAUGGCGGUCCCAGUGUUACAGGUUCACACGGAGGGCAGCGCGGCAGCAGCACAGACGGACGGUCUCCCUCAGGAGCUGAUGUCAUCAGAAGGGGACGGAGGUGAGGAGGUCUCCGGGGCUACGACCCUGAUGGUGACAGGACUGACCUCCGAUCAGCUGGCUGUUACCACGGCAACAGAGGAGGCAGUUCAGCAGGCGACCAUACGGGCGGUCCUGCAGGCAGCAGCACAGAUGGGAGGAGGGGCGGUGGAUCAGUCCAUCCCCAUCGUUCUGACCCAGCAGGAGCUGGCAGCUCUGGUCCAGCAGCAGCAGGACAUCCACAACCAUCCAGAGUCAGAGCCAGCGGAGCAGAGCAGCGUGCCUACAGAGGGCCUUGCUCCAGCAGACAGCCUGAAUGACCCGUCAGCAGAGAGUACCCAGCUGACAUCAUCAGCAGUGACCAGCGCCGUGGCUCGAUUGGCCAGUACGUUUGGACCCGCCCCGCCUCUGACUUCAGGGGGCGUUAUCAAGAUUGAACCUACGGCCUCCGAGGUGACCAAUGGUGUCGCAGCAGCCGCAGGGAAGCAGAAGGUGACAUCAUCGGCGAAAGAAAGUCGCUGGUAUGACGUCGGCAUCGUCAAGGUUACCAACAUGGUGGUCACACAUUACUAUGUCCCCUACGAUGACAACUUGGCCGACGAUGACUCAGGUGUGGUCCCAGACUACAGUCAGAUGAGGAAGGUGGAGCUGCAGCCGGGGACAGCGUAUAAGUUCCGUGUCGCAGGGAUCAAUAUCUGCGGCCGCGGAGCGUUUUCCGAGGUGUCGGCCUUCAAAACAUGUCUUCCUGGUUUCCCUGGAGCGCCGUGCGCCAUCAAGAUCAGCAAGAACCUGGACGGGGCCCAGCUGACCUGGGAGCCUCCUGCAGUCACGUCAGGGAGGAUCACGGAGUACUCGGUGUACCUGGCCAUCCAGUCCAGCCAGGCCACCUCCUCUGGCUCAGGUGCGGCCCAGCUGGCCUUCAUGAGGGUGUACUGCGGCCCCACCCCGUCCUGCCUGGUCCAGUCCACUAGCCUCGCCAACGCCCACAUCGACUACACCACCAAGCCCGCCAUCAUCUUCCGCAUCGCUGCUCGCAAUCAGAAGGGUUACGGGCCGGCCACGCAGGUCCGAUGGCUCCAAGACAGCAGUAAAGACAACAAACCAGCUGUAAAGAGACCGGGAGCCUCGCCUGACGUUAAACCUGUCGGGCCAAAGAAGUUCAAAAUCGACCAAUAGGAGGAGCUGCCGUUCUGCUGGGGACUGUGAUUGGUUAACGUUGUCUGAAGCCCCGCCCUGCAGCUGGUUCCUGUGACAUCGCGGAGGAGGCGGGGCUCUGACUGCUUCAAAAUAAAUGACUUGUAGGAUAUUUGUACAUUUUCAACCAAUCGGAACUUGACGUUUUCGGUCGUCAUGGAGAAGGUGAGGGGCGGAGCCAACAGCUUUUCACCCAAUAAAGUUUGAAUUUAUUAAAAGUAGCUGUAGCUGUCCGUCUGUCUCAGAUCCCACCCCCUGUGAUGUCAUGAUAAGGUCAUGUGGUGUCAGUGGGCGGAGUCUCUGCAGAGGGGCGGGGUUAAAACCAGCUCUGUUGUAAAUUAUUUUCUUUCUGUAGCAUCAAAAAAUAUUUAGUUUAUCCCUUUUUUUUUUAUUAUAAAUUUCUGCAAGAAAAGUGUUAUUAUUUCUUCUUCUGUGGUUUCUGUUUCUUCAUCUGUUGAUCGAGAGCUUGUUGGCCGCAAUGACGGAGCUCACCCAUUGGUCAGUUUGUCUGAGCAGGAAGUCAAACCUGUCGUUUGUGAAUAUUCUCUGGAACAAUAAAGAUUUUUAGAGCAUUUUUUUUUACCGGCCACGUGGAAUCCACUUCCUGUCAGUGAUCAGAUGUCAUGACAUCAGACUCCUGUUUCUGUUCAGGUGUUGACAUGUAGACACUACCUCAGCUGUGUGUUGGUGGCAGAGUCCACCGCUCAGUCUGGAUCAUCUGAGAACAAACAACUCUGAGAAAUCGUUUUCAUUGUUUGUAUAAUAAAUAUUAUAUACUGUG